CUAAAAAUUUACAAAUGGCGUCAUGGCCGCUAGCAGUGGUGGAGUAGAAUGGUCUGCUGUUAUAAAAACAUUUUUAUCUUCAGAAUUUGGAAAAGGAAAUAAAGCAGAUGUGAUUGAAUUAUGUUCUGCAAUUAUAAAAAACGAAAGUGAGAUUCUACGUUACAAAGACAGUAAUAAAUCAUUCUAUAAUUCCUUUGUGGUGUUAGCCGUAUCUUUAAUAACCAGCAAUGCACGCCGGCUAACUGUCAGUCAACUGGAAGUAGUAAAUGCUGCUUGUCGUGUUCUGCUUAAAUAUUUGCUUAGUACUUUGCAAGGAGUGAGUCGUGAAGGCAAUCCUAGCAGUUUACAGGCAGAGCAAUUCUUGAAGGCAAUAAAGGCAUUGUGCUUAGGAACUGAAUUUUUAUCUUCUGAUGAAUUAUCUGUGUUAACCAACACUAUGAAAGGAGAUACGGUCACAGGACACUCUCCCUCAGGGACGGACAAGGAAACUUCUAAUAAACAGGACAGUUCUAAAAGUAGAACCGAUCUAUCUGUCAGUAUAUUUGAGCAACUCACUAUGCCUCUAAGAGAUGGUCAUACUGUCACCUCAGAGGCUAGCUCAAGUCAACCUAAUGUCAAUGAACCAGUCUCAACUAGUGAUCCAACAACAGAAAUAAAUAAGUUAUUCUUGGUGGCAAAUACAGAAAGUUUGCAAGCUCUUAGAGCAGGUGAUACUUUGGCUGAUCUGUGUCUCAGUUUGCCAGCAAUUAAACGUGCCCGUACAAAAGUAGAAGAGGCUUUGGCUGGAAAACCAUUCAGUUUACCAACCACACAUUCUGAGGCUUCUAUCAUUCGGAGCAGUCUACCUUCGACAAUGGCUGAUAUAUCCCUGGCGUCCUCGGCAAUCAAUCUACCUGUCCUGGAGCCUUUGACGCCGAGUAAAUUGGACAAACUAUGCAGCUUGAGUAUGGCAGUGUUGCAAUGUGCAGUCGCGCAAGCUGCAGCAAACGCCAUGUUAUCGUUAGGACCUGCAGUGUCGCCCAAAUGUACAUCUGCUCAAGCACAAGCCGUCAAAGAUGAAGAUCUUGAUGCGAACGCUGUUGCCCUCGUUGAAGAAUCUCUCAACAUAUUCACCUUCGUCGGUAAUACCAUUAAGAAUUCCACGCGAGCUGGAGGACAUGUUUAUCAAAAUCAUCUAUUAGCUGGGGCAUGGGUAUUAAUAUCGGGCCUUCAAUCCCAUCUGAAUAAUAGCAUGAAUAUUGCAAGUGAGAAGGGGUCACAUGCUAAAGAACGCGACGAAAAAGGGCGUAGUCCUAGUAAAACACGUGAAGCUGGAUCUUCUCGGUCAAGUUUGAUCAAGUUUCAACAAUCUUUUGGAGUUCUGUCGGUGGCCCUUGCCAGCAAGGCGAUAUCCUUGCUGUCUGAACUAUUUGAGGACUUGUAUUUGGAAGUUUGUGGUGGAGGAGGUAACACAUUACAGGUCGAACCUGCUCCCUUAGCCAUUAUGGGCCAGUUCACAGCACUGCAAAGGGUGGCUAGACUUUUAGGCGCGGCACCCUUGAAUCAGUUGCUUUUUUAUCUUGCAACAGUUAGUUACAGGAAAGCUUGUACACUGAAACGAAUUCAUCCACCUGAAGGAGACACCUACAGUCAAAGUGAUUCAACUACUUAUUACGAAGACAUGAUUAUGUGUUCUGACGAAAGUUCCACAGAAGAUGACGAUAGUGAGCCUAUAUUGGGUCAGUGGUUUGAAGCAACCAUAGCCCCGCCGGAGCCGUCAGAGCCUGUAAAGCAGACAGCCACGUCUGAUAAUCAAGACAACAAACAGGCUGGUAGUUCUGGUCAACAUGCCGGUGAACGGAGCCAUUCGAUCGUGCCUGAGAAGGGCGAAGCUCAUGGCUACAUAUCACUUUCGACUCAGAUAUUUGUCUUUCUUAAUCGACAUUUCUUGUGUUCGAAGAGCGCUUAUGUAACACGCUACGUCAAAGGGGGUUUAUCAGAACAGCAGAUGGUUAUUUUGGCUGCGAUCAUUAGGGACUUAGAUAGGGAAACCGCUAGGACCGAAGUCGGAACAAUAUCGGUAUAUUUUGGCGCAGCCUUGGGACAAUUGUAUUGUGAAUUUUCCGGUGCUUUGACGCGUUUUACUCAUAAUCUGAUAACGCAUCCUGGUCUUCAACAUCUCCAGACCAGUUUACUGACUCACUUGGGCAUAUCACCCUGGAACACCGACGUGCCCCAUUCGUGGCCCCUUCAGGUUUAUUCGCGAUCUUUAGCUGUGCUAGCUCAGGUUUUGUUAUUGAGACCCCAGAACGAGAAAGAAGCAAGCGUGAUUAGUAUAUGGCAUAGAGUUGUUAAUACUCUUAUUGAAAAUGUGAUAAAUCCACCUCCAAUGCUGGAUACAGAUAACGAAGAUAUCAAUGUUGAACAUGCUCAAGUACUGCUGUAUUUAUUUCACUCAUUAAAUUUGAUGCAGAAAAAAUCUGUGGUUUUGCUGAUGGCUGGCGGCGUCUUACGAUGCUCGGAGGUGGCUGGUGGUCCUCUACGUGACUUUCAGCUGCUUCACUUAUCACGACUGUUACUUCUUUUUGAUUACAUAAUGAAACAUCUAUAUGACGCUCCAGCAAUUCUUCUAGAACAGAUCCAAUGGAAUUUAUUUUAUUCGACUAAUUUAAAUACUGAUAAGGAUAAAGAAAAUAACAUGUCGCGUAUGUUCACACCAUGGAAGGAAAUAGAGGAUAAUUACCGAAAGUUGGCCGGAAGUGAUGAGUUUUCGAUGAAGCCCUGUUUUUACAUGCUGACAAAUGUGGAAAUUAGUAAUCAAGACGCACCAAAACUCGAUGGUCUUGCGUGCAACUUUGUCUUAGGAACCCCCGACAAAUUGCGGUAUCCUCUUCUUUUAGACGCUCUCAUCGAAAUUCUGAAUGUAACGCACAUUACAUCGGGGACAGGGGCGGCUAAGAUGACCUUUUUAGGAUUAUGUGCUACACAAUAUUGUUUUUCCAUCUGUUGGCGGCUAUUGCAGUUGUUGCCACCUUCUACUGCUAAUAUGGAACGGCUGUCCACUGGGGAGACGCUAGUUGCCGGACCUCAAUUACUUCAUUCGUUGGUCUGGGGACCACGAGCUGGACAUAAGAACUUUAAUAGGUGGUUGAAAGACGCUCUGGUCAAACAAGGGAUGUACACAGUUGUCGCUGAGAAGUUACUAAAGGCUGUAUCGGAAGCGGUUAAUACUCUGAAAUACGAUGUCACCACAGCCAAAAGUUGCAUUAUAGCUCUAACACCGGACGUAAAAAAAGGAACCGUUUCUAAGGAAAGUUUGCCCCCUCUGUGGCAUUUGUUCAUUUUGGACUCGGUCCUAGCCAAAGUACAGAUAUCGCUGAUAGACGAAGCGGAAACGAACCUUGCGGACGCUUCUGGUGUUACCAUUUCCGGAGCAACAUAUGUUCAAGAAUUAUUACCCCACGUGCUAAGAUUAACACGGGCUAUCUUACAUUGCACCAGAUGGGCACUACUGCACAGUAUGGUUCAACAGAGCGAGCCAGCUGGAAAGUACACGUUGCAGGACUUUGAAAGUCUACAAGAAGUCCUUGCAAUUGCCUCCAGUCAAAAUACUUUAACUUGUGCCCUCGCCACUGAAUUGAGUUCACUUUUACCAUCCGCUGCCACCACCGUACUGCAACAAUGGAGCGUUUCGACGCUUGAAGAGUGCACCUGGACUCCCUACUUAAACGAUGUGAUCCCAUCAGAAAGUUAUAUACUGAAAAUAGUAGAAAUCCACACGUCCACCCUAUCAAUGAGCUAUCCUUUCAACGUAAACUGUUCUCUUAAACGUCUCCUUCAGUGCUUGGUGAAGUUUAUUUGUCAGCACGCUCCUAAAAUUGAUAACACUGACACCAAAAAUAAAGCCAUCGAACUUCUGGUGCUUGUCACCCUUGAUGUCCGCACCGAAUUCCUUCACGAGACUGUUUCUAAAACUUUGGACAAGAUGAUUGGAGACACAGAAACAGACGAACAUCAGAAACGUGUAUAUCUUCACUUUCUAGAGCAUUCAUACAAACUUAUUACCAGAUGUACUCAGCAGCAGCUUUCACAACAAAACCAGGACGUGGGUUAUAGUAAUAUUUCUAAUUGUAAUACGGUCGUUGACGAGAAGGUGCUGCACAGUUGUCUGAAGUUCUAUGAGAAAUUGUUAGAAAAGUCUUCGGGACGACAGGCAUUGGAGACGUUCUUUACCGGCGACAGAGAUUUGGUAAAGGUAUUAAUGUCGGUCAGUAGUCCCCAAAUCUCGCAGCAAUACAGCACCAAAGUGCUGAACUUCUUUAAUAGAUUGUUCCAAGCCGCGGAGAAGAGCUCAACUGAUCCCAGUUUAAACUAUCUUUGCAGUAGUAUGUGCAAGUUGGCGGAUGUUGACAGCGAUAAAUUGCAGGUCUGGCUACGCCACGUCAUUUUGGGUCCAAACAAUAUGGAAUCAAGCACAUCUUCAUCUAUAGCUCACACUCCGACACUCGUUCCCGUCAAAUCAGACUCAACAAAACCGACUGCCUCCGCCUCAAAUGCGACAACAAACAAACCAGAUGCAACGGCUUCUUCUAAUGUAGGAAGUGGCGCCCAGUGGGUGUCAACAGCGGCCCCGCCGAGCACCGAAUCGAAUGUUUCUCCUACUCCCAGUGACGACCAAAAAUCUCUGGUUCAAGAAAACAGCCAAUUGUUACAAGCCCUUACGUCAUUUAUCGUGAAACAAGGGAAUAGUAUGUCUGAAGAUGUAGCUUUAACAAUAUUAAAGGCACUUUUGCCUCUUGGUUCACAUAUUUUGUCCCCGGCGCUCGAAGGCGUCGGUUUUACCGAUCUAAUGGUUGUAAUGACCAUGUUAGCGGAUGCAGGAUCAGGCAAAGGUCAUGUACAUUUAUUCCCUGCCACUGCGGAAUGGCUGGAAAUUUGUCGGCAGUUUUUCGCACGAAAAGACGUAGUCGAAAAGUUGGCCGGAACUGGAGGAACAUCUUCAACGUCAACUGAAGACUGCGGUACGAACAAUAAUAGAAGUACAAUCAUGUUGGACGCGGCGUGCUGCCUGAUGGAUUACGUGGGCGAUGUUGUUGGAGGACUGACCAAUCAGGCUCAAGGUCCCACGAUUCGGCCAUUAAGUCCACCAUGGGAGAGCGAGAUGCCAUUGGACGUAGAUUCCGAGUGGCCUGACGAAACCAACGAGGAUGAAGACAGCGGCGAUGAUUCGGAUGAAGAUUCGCUCUGUAAUAAACUGUGUACAUUUACAAUAACACAAAAAGAGUUCAUGAACCAACAUUGGUACCAUUGUCACACGUGUCGUAUGCUUGAUGGCGUCGGUGUGUGUUCGGUUUGCGCCCGCGUGUGUCACAAAGGUCAUGACCUUAGUUACGCCAAAUAUGGUAACUUUUUUUGCGACUGCGGCGCUAAAGAAGACGGCUCAUGCCAGGCGUUGGUGAAAAGAAGCCCUCAAUCAAACGAGACGGUAGGAACCAGCGGUACCACAACUAACACAAUGGGUUACGCCCCUGAACAACUUUUGUCUAGUUCAUUGCGACGUAGGGCGUCGUCUCCUGCACCCACAACCACCACAGAAAAAAGUACCGUUUUACAUAAAGACCGCCGGAAAAAUGGUAAUGUGGCGAAGCAGCUUGAAGGUGCGAAGGAUUGGUUAUAUAAUUACUUAGGAAGUAGUUCCAUACCUGGUGUAUUGUUAGAACUGGCGGAGUCUUUGGUUCCAGUGGUAGAAAAGACGUGCGCGCGUACAUCCGCUGUCGGUUGUCACGCUCGUGCGCUUAAAGCCGUUCAGCAGCUUCACUCGGCUGAAAAGAAGUACGUGCACACUGAUCAACUGAUGGUGCCGACUUUAGGGUCCCAGGAGGGCGCGUUCGAGAACGUUCGCAUGAGUUAUUCGGGCGAACAGGGUCAAACAAUACGUCAAUUAUUGUCCGCGCACAUUAUAAGACGCGUUGCGAUGUGUUGUAUGUCAUCUAUACACGGUCGUCGGCAGCAUUUGGCUGUGUCUCAUGAAAAAGGAAAAAUUACGGUCCUGCAAUUAUCUGCUUUGCUAAAACAAGCCGAUUCGUCUACCAGGAAGCUAACUUUGACCCGUCUAGCUUCGGCUCCGAUUCCAUUUACAGUCCUCUCUUUAUCCAGUAACCAGUGUAACGAGGAUUAUUUGGCAGUGUGUGGAUUGAAAGACUGUCACGUGCUGACGUUUACAUCCACGGGUUCGGUAUCAGAUCACCUAGUGCUUCAUCCACAGCUUGAAACAGGAAAUUUUAUUAUAAAGGCCAUCUGGUUGCCGGGAUCGCAGACGAAGCUAGCACUUGUCACGGCUGAUUUUGUGAAGAUCUAUGACUUGUCCAAAGACGCCUUAAGUCCACAGUAUUACUUUUUGGUACCGAGUGGCAAGGUACGCGACUGUACAUUUAUUUGCGACGAAGAUGUUUACAAUAUAUUGAUAAUGUCGUCCCCUGGACACAUUUAUACCGAAUUUUUGAACGAAGAAAGUUCAGCCAAGCAUGGUACUUUUUAUGUGACCAAUACUUUGGAGGUGUUUCAUCUGGACGUUACGGACGUGAAUGGUCAAGUUGCAGGCGGAGGCGUUAGUAUCUAUUAUUCUCACACUUUAGGCCUGCUUUUUUACAGCUACGCACAAGGGAAGAGCUUUAUUUCCCCCAUUAAACCAAAGAGUAAUUGUCUCUCUGUUGUUUUCCCCAUCACCUUAUCAUCUCAGACUUCGUCGAGUUCAAAAAGCAAUGGCAGUAAAAAUCCAACACCGCAACCUUUGUGUCAGUGGACGGAAAUCCCAAAUCACCCAGGACUUAUUUGUUCUGUUAUGCAAAGCAGUAACAAUCCGGUCAUUAUAAUGCUAAAACCGGAUACAGUGGCUAUUCAGGAGAUCAAAGUGGUACCUUCUAAGUCAAAAAUAAUGGAUAUGGUUGCCAUUCGUCAUGUUUCUGGCAAUGAACAAAGAACAACAUUGAUUCUACUAUGCGAAGAUGGAAGCUUAAAAAUAUAUAUGGCCAAUAUGGAACAAACAGACUUUUGGAUGUCUUCGAAUAUACAACCGGCUUUAUCUUUAACUACGGCCAAACCACGUAAAAAGAAGAUUGUGAAAACUGGCAAGUCUUCAGGUUGCGUCAGCUUUCCAGUAGACUUUUUCGAACAUUGUCAACCCAUGAACGAUGUUGAGGUCGGAGGCAAUGAUCUUCUUCAGGUUUAUAAUGUCACCCAACUGAAACAUCGAUUAAACGCAACGGGUCUUUAUGUUGUGUGCACGAAACCUAUCGGUUUUACCGUCGAAAUUACCAAUCCGGACAAUAACAUGGUGAUGACAGGUGUUAGGGUGGCGGUUGGUAGCCAAGAUCCCCAAAGGUCGCCGUCUUUUAUAGAGGUAUUUGGCCGUAUUAUAACGGUUAGUUGCACUCGUAGCAGGUGGUAUGACGUGCCCUUUUCAAGAGAAGAAAGCCUGCAGGCCGACAAAAAACUCACCAUGAUGUUCGGUCCCUCACAAGACCCUGAAACUGUUACCAUGGUGGACAGUAUCAAAGUUUAUGGUAAAACAAAAGAGGCGUUUGGUUGGCCCGAAGAAAAUGAAGACACAGUAGCGAACAACGCGACAACUUCUCAGUCAGUGGCUGUUUCUUCGAAUAAUGAAGCUGAACAGCUAAAGACUCCACUACCGUUGACGAAUUUAGAAAGACUUGUCGUUGGCAUCUUGGAAGUUUUAGACAACAGCUUUACUCUUUGUUCCUCUGAUGGAAAGAUGUCACUUCACAAACCAUUGUCAAUUAAAGUCACUACUACCCUUCUAACAUUACCGUCAUCGCCUUCGCUUCAAAUUCAUUCUAAAGCCCUACUUUCGACUCUGCACUCCACUAAACAAGCUUACCAUAAUUAUAAGGAUCACGCUUUAUUGCAACAUGUGCUAACAAGUUUAACUCAUAUGACGGAAACAGAUCCUAAAAAUUAUGGGGAUAUUGAUCCAGAAAGUUAUUACCGUUUAGUGAUGAUUGCAAGAGGCAUUGCAGUUUCUAGGCCUCAGAAUCUCGUCAAAUUUUGCGAUUCCCAGGCGUUUAUUCAUGAUGUUGUUUUAGAAGACCCAUUAGACAUCAAAUCGACUCCUACUAAAACGUCGAAGAACAAACACCUUUUACUUCAAUUAAUGGACGUGCUGUGGAUUUUACAUUCGCAACGAGUUGAGAAUGUCUCCUUGGCCCCCCUCGUGUCUCCUGGAUUAAAGCACGUGGAACAAACGGUUCAUGCAAUAGUUGAAAUUGUACAUGCUUUUCAUAGUAGCGAAGCACACGGUAAUGUCACCUACGGGAACAUCGUUGUGGCCGUUUACCUUCAACUCUUGCUUUGCGAGGACUCUGUGAUCGCGUUCAGCGCAAAACAGGCGCUCAGUAGAGUGCUUAAACCCAAGACACGACGUCGAAGAGUAUUUAUACCGAGCCCGCCUCAUUGCACAACACCUCCGGCAAAAACAAGUAUCGAGAUGGAAGAGGACAAACCGCCAAGAGCUUCGACUCAGUCCAGCCAAGAAGACGAGGGCCAACCAAGAGCGUUACGUUACGAUGUGGACUCUGUAGAAUCAAUAGGACUGUUGCAACAGGGCACAGGUGCUCCUGAACAUCAGGAUAACCACAAUAUAAACCCUUUGGAGGCACUUUUGGGUGGAGGAGCAGGUUUUCCUCCCCUUUUGGACAUCCCCCCAGAUGCAGAUGACGAGACCAUGGUGGAAUUGGCUAUUGCGCUUAGUCUUCAAGAACAUGAACUUGGAGGAGAGAUACAGCAAGCUCAACAGGAACUAAGAACCUUACAGGUAUCUGGCGGCGGUGGUCACGCUCAGGAGACCGGCCAUUACAGCGACACAACGGCCUCGGCAGCCGGGUCCGAUGAUGAGGGCAGCACCGCCGCCACGGACGGCUCUACCCUGCGCACCUCCCCAGCCGAACAAGGUGGCAGCGCAGGAUCAGAGAGCGGAGGAAGCGGCGUUGAAAGUAUUACAGGAGAGCACAAUGCGUCGGGACGCAGUUCUGCCUACGGCGACAACAUCCAGGAAGCAACUAAUUUAAUAUCGCGUUCUGAUACUAGUUCGUUAACUAAUGCGAAUUGUCAGAAUCCAGAAGCAGACGCCAUACCACAGGAAGUCGAGCAGGAACCCGAACCCGAACCCGAACCCGAACCUGAUCCAGAGAGCUGCAGUCGCCUUCACAUGCUUCGUCUGCAAUUAUUGGAACGUUUGGUGGAAUAUUUGCCUAAAUUGCGAAAUGUGGGUGGCGUUCGUGUUAUUCCCUUCCUACAAGUAAUACUUCAACUUACGACUGAAUUAGACAGUCAUAUGGAACGCGAUAAAACUUGUUUGAACGCCCUUUUGAAUGCCAUUGUUAAUGAACUGCAAAUAAACAAACCCGACUUGGAAAACAUCAGUGAGAGGACUAAGAGACGCGAAGUUCAAAUGGUUCUCAUGAGAUUGUUAAGUGUUUUGAUGUCACGUUGUAAGACGACAUCUACCACGAGUACUGGAACCCCUGCGAAGCCUAUUCCUGGGGACAAUUCGGUGUUUGUAUCCCAAACAACAGCCACUGUCCUCUAUAAAGCGGAUAUCGUCAACUAUUGUCUGAAACUGUUACAGGCUUUAUUAGAAUAUUGGCGUAGUGUCUCCAAUGACGAUGAGCCUCCCCAAAUUGGUGGAAAUUUGCUUAAAGAGCAUUUGACUCAUGCGCCUCCCGAUAUGACACCGUUUUUCCUUAAACAGUUCGUGAAAGGACAUUCUACAGAUGUGUUUCAAACGUACCCUCAACUCUUAACGGAAAUGGCUCUUCGGUUGCCCUAUCAAGUGCACAAACAUUCAGAAAUAUCAGAACCGAUAAUAAGCGUGUUUGAUAACGCGUGGUACACACAUUUAUGCGAAUACAUGAUGACAUCACAAGAGCCGUUCGUACGUCGCCAAGUGCGGAAAUUGUUAUUAUUUAUUUGCGGAAACAAAGACAAAUAUAGGCAACUGAGGGACGUACACGCUCUCAGUACUCACAUUAAGGCGGUGAAGUUAUGUUGCAUAAAAGGCGGUUAUGAUCAUUCGAAUGAAACUCAGCAUGCUCUAUCUAUGACCUAUGAUACUCUUGUUGACCUUAUUGAACAUCUAAAGGCUUGUCUCGAAGUAGCAAUCAAUCGGACCGGAAAUUGGCAGAAGUUUUGCAUACAUAACGACGACAUUUUACCUUUUCUCUUCCAAGUUAGCUGUCUUUUGGAUGAAGGAGUAGCACCGACAAUCUUGCACUUGCUUCAGUGUGCUAUUGUAACGAACGGAUCGUCGGGAGUCUCGUCAACUUCUACUGCAUCUUCCUCGUCAAAGAAGACGGAUGCAAAUGUAAAAACGGGCAAUGCUAGUGCGGGUGGAACGUCCAGGAAAGAACGCGAAAAGUCCGACGAUAGCACGGCCGAAGCAGCCUUCGAAGAGGCAAAUUGUGGCGUUCUCGUCGACCACAUUAACAAACAAGUACCUCCUGAAGUUUUUGCUCGUUUCAUUAGGGCGUUCCUCUUGGAAACAAAUGCUACGAACAUGCGUUGGCAGGCUCACGCUCUCGUUCUCGCCAUAUAUAAAAAUUCGAAAACUACUGAACAGGAACAAUUGUUGAAGUUAUUGUGGCAUUUAUGGCCUUUGCUACCAGCCUAUGGCCGUAAAGCUUCUCAGUUUGUUGAUUUGCUUGGUUAUUUCUCGCUGUGCUUCUUGCAGAAGUCAGAAUCUUCAGGACUGAUAUCAGAUUACGUAGAGAAGGCUGUGGAUGUUCUAAGGACUCAAAAUGAACUCCUAGCUCACCAUCCGAAUGCUAGCCUUUAUAUGCAGAUGAGUCAGUUCGUUGAACUAGACGGUUAUUACCUCGAAUCGGAACCUUGCUUAGUCUGCAAUAAUCCGGAGGUGCCUUUUGCUAGUAUAAAACUGAGCUCACUUAAGGUCGAUUCGAAAUUUACCACUACAACGCAAAUUGUCAAGUUACUCAAUAGUCAUACAAUUAGCAAGAUCACCUUGCGUAUUGGAGACCUCAAACGGACCAAAAUGGUUAGGACAAUUAAUAUUUAUUACAAUAAUCGAAGCGUGCAGGCUGUGGUUGAACUUAAAAAUAAACCAGCUUUGUGGCAUAAAGCAAAGAAAGUGGUGCUGCAAAGUGGUCAAACAGAAGUGAAAAUUGAAUUCCCCUUACCGAUAGUUGCUUGCAAUUUAAUGAUCGAAUACGCGGAUUUCUAUGAGAAUAUCCAAGCAAGUAGUGAAACGUUACAGUGUCCCAGAUGUAGUGCAGCCGUCCCUGCGAACCCUGGAGUUUGUGCCAAUUGUGGCGAGAAUGUGUUUCAGUGUCAUAAGUGCAGAGCCAUUAAUUACGACGAAAAAGAUCCGUUCUUGUGUCACGCCUGUGGUUUUUGUAAAUACGCUAAAUUUGACUUUACGUUGGUUGCGAAGCCUUGUUGUGCCGUGGAACCUAUCGAGACAGAUGAGGACAGGAAGAAGAUGAUUUCAAGUAUAAACAACCUUUUGGAAAAGGCCGACAGGGUUUACAAACAGUUAAUGGCCAAUAAACCGGCAUUAGAGUCUCUAGUAUUAAAAAUAACGGACCAUAGAAGUGAUAAACAGGAGGAGCAACAGACAGGCUCAAAUAAUGCCAACAAUGUAAGCUCUGUACAGUCCGGGGGGACCCAGGUUAAGGUUAACAAAACAAUCCAAAUGCUGGCUCAACAAUAUUGUAAUGAAUGUAAAACAUCCUUCGAAGAACUAAGCAAAAUCAUCCAGAGGGUGUUGGUGUCUCGUAAAGAACUCGUCGCUUACGAUCGUAGACAUAUGGAGAUGGACUCACCGAAGUCACAAGCUCCUCUUUUAAGUUCACAGACUGAAUCGCAAGGAAUGUCCAGUAUAAGUAGCACAAGUAGUCGAUGCUACGGAUGUUCCGCUGCAGCCACAGAACACUGUCUUACACUUUUAAGAGCUCUGGCUGCGAAUUCCAAUACUAAACAAGUCUUAUGCUCAAAAGGACUCAUACAUGAAUUGGUUCAGAACAAUUUAAGGAAAGGAAAUGUACAAAUGCAGGAAGAGGUAAGACAGUUAUUGUGCAUUUUGACGAGAGACAAUGCCGAAGCAACGGAAGAACUUUGCAAUUUGUUAACGGAACGGAUUACUUUGAGCCUUAAAGGACACACCAGUAGCUCAGAUUUAGGCACAGGAGUCCGUCAUGAGAUCGAGCUUUUGGCUGCAAUGGUGCAGAAAGAAGACAACUGUUGGGAAUUGAAGUUACGCUGUUUAAUGAGACUCUUCAUAAGGGCUUGCGAGGACUCUCGCAAUCCUCUUGUGAUGGAAUCAGUCAUACUACCCUGCUUGAAGAUUUUGCAAAGCUUAAUGAGGACUAACGACGGUGGAAAUAAGAAAACGAAGGUAAUAAAAUUAUUUAAAAAUAAUCCAAAUUAUUUAUUCUUUUCUGUGAAUCAGGAAAAAUUAAAUAAGACUUUGACCAUUCGAACAACGUCUGGAAUAAACGUGGACGUGUACAAGUGGCUGAAAAAAGAUCCCGUGCAUAGUUUUUCUAGUUGGAAGGCUCGUACGCCUGUAAAAACCGACGAAGGACCCCGAGGACUUCCUAGUAGUCGCGAAGAGGUUCGAAUGUAUUAUUUGGCAGAAAAAUACGGACGUAGAUGGAAAAGGAAAGUAGAAAAGACGUUUUCGAUAGAACCUCUUGGAUUAGAUUAUUCAUCCUGGUUGAAAGUUGUACUCUUUAAUCCGAGUUCUCGUUUAGCACGCCAGGUCACUUGUAAUAUUAUAGAGAACAUGUGUACUUCUUCAGAAAGAAAGAGGGAGAUUCUCCUAUUGCUGACCUAUUUCCUCGACCAACUCGGCACUGCAGGAGAGAGUUCUGCUGAAUUCCUAAACUUGUAUCAGAAUUUAAUCCAGGAGGAGCCCUGGAAACAAUUCUUAACCAUGGUUGGCCUUUUGGAGGUACUUGCUCAUUUUAUUACCAAAGAAAUCGAACAAUUGCACCGUUUGGAAGAAACAACUUUAACUUCAGACUUAGCCCAAGGCUACUCUCUUAAUCAAUUGACUGAACUUUUGGCCUCGUUCCUUGACGAUCCUUGCAUCCGUAGACAGUACAAAGGACGUUUAGUAGGUGCUGUAUUAAAUGGGUAUUUGUCCCUGAGAAGAUUAGUUGUGCAAAGGACCAGACUUAUUGAUGAUACACAGGAAAAACUUCUAGAACUUUUGGAAGAAAUGACUACAGGCACUGAAGAAGAAACGGAAGCUUUCAUGGCUAUUUGUAUCGAGACGGUGGAGAAUUGCAAGGUUCAAGACGUCUUGACGCCUGUCUUUAUAUUUGAGCGUCUUUGUUCUAUUAUUUAUCCCGAAGAGAACGACGUAGGGGAGUUCUUUUUGACGUUGGAAAAGGAUCCUCAGCAGGAGGACUUCUUGCAAGGGCGGAUGCUGGGUAAUCCAUACUCCAGUCUUGAGCCUGGUCUGGGGCCGCUUAUGAGAGACGUUAAAAAUAAAAUUUGUCAGGAUUGCGAAUUGGUCGCCCUUUUAGAAGACGAUAAUGGAAUGGAAUUGCUGGUAAACAACAAGAUUAUGAGCCUGGAUUUACCAGUUAAAGACGUUUAUAAGAAGGUUUGGUUGGCAGAAGGAGGCGAGGCGGAGUCGAUGAGAGUUGUAUAUCGAAUGAGAGGUUUGUUAGGAGAUGCUACUGAAGAGUUUGUAGAAACGUUGAACAAUAAAUCACAAAAUGCUGUUGAUAACGAAGAAGUUUAUAAAAUGGCAAACGUUCUAGCAGAUUGCGGAGGCCUGAAGGUGAUGGUUAAACGUUUAAACGCCAUUCAAAAUGUGUGGCGCGCAAGACCAUUGUUACAAGUUCUUUUGAAAUUGUUUAGGCUGUCUGUAAAAGUUCAGAAGGUACAAGAAGUUCUCAUCGAUCCUGAACUACGAGCUGCAGCUGUGUUUCUACGUACUCUGCAACUUUGUCUGGAGAGCGAAUCUGAUAGCAACCAAACUGCUUUAACUGAGCAACUUUUAGAGAUAAUGGAAACAAUAUUUUCGAAGGCUACUAGUAAAUCGAAAGAGUCAUUUGAUGAGUUUGCGCGUACCCUUGGAGGCCCCGAACAUGUUCGUUCUCUUUUGUCUUUCACUUGUCACCCUAGUGUCCGUAACAACCAACCAGUUCUCUUGCACUUGACAAGAGUCCUUGCUGCUCUUGUAUACGGCAAUGAAGAAAAAAUGCGAGCCCUCGUUGCUCAUUUUGAACCUGUUUUCAACUUUUAUCGGUUUGACGCGGACCACAGUGCCGACGACCAGCACAAAUUCGAAAUAUUUUGUAUGCUCACAGACGGUAUCGAGAGAAAUGCAAUUGGAAAUACGUUGCGCGAUUUCAUCAAUUCUAUCGGUGUAGUUGACGACGCUUUACAAUAUAUCACCACAAACGCGCCCUGCGUGAAACCGACCCUGCUGCGUACUGACAGUGACGAACUUAAGGAGUUUAUUUCGAAGCCAGCCCUAAAGUAUAUACUCAGAUUUUUGACUGGGUUGGCCAGUGGACAUGAAAAAACACAGUUAGCAAUUGCUGCAGCGGAUACAAUACCGAUAAUACAUCGAUUGGAGCAAGUGUCCUCAGACGAACACGUCGGUUCCUUAGCUGAAAAUCUCUUAGAAGCACUUAGAACUAAUCCUUCGGUUGCUACCCGCAUUGAAGAAGCUCGAGAGUUCACUAGAUCAGAGAAAAAGAGACUUGCAAUGGCCAUGAGAGAAAAGCAGCUUGGGCAGCUUGGAAUGCGCACAAACGACAAGGGGCAGGUUACAGCGAAGUCCUCGAUUCUACAGCAGAUCGAAGAACUAGGAGAAGAGACUGGCCUGGUGUGCUGUAUUUGUCGCGAGGGAUACAAGUAUCAACCUGCCAAGGUAUUGGGAAUUUAUACGUUUACAAAGAGGUGCAACGUGGACGAGUUCGAAGCAAAACCAAGAAAAACAAUGGGCUACAACACCGUUACUCAUUUCAACAUAGUUCAUGUCGAUUGUCAUAUGAGUGCCGUUAGACUGGCGCGAGCUCGUGACGAAUGGGAAUCUGCGGCUCUUCAGAAUGCUAACACGAAAUGCAACGGUUUACUACCAUUAUGGGGUCCUCAAGUACCGGAAUCAGCGUUUGCCAGUUGCUUAGCCCGUCACAACACUUAUUUGCAAGAAAGCACUAACCAUCGCGAUAUAGGUCAUGUAUCUACUAUACAUGAUCUCAAGUUGCUCCUGCUACGUUUCGCGUUUGAGAAACCUUUCCACGAAGACACGGGGGGCGGAGGACCACAAAGCAACAUGCAUCUUGUGCCCUAUGUAGUGCAUAUGGCUUUGUAUGUUAUAAACACAACAAGAAGCGCUAAAAAGGAAGAGCAGAGCCUUAUGUCAUAUUUAGAGACAGAUAAUAAGGAAAAGUGGAUCGAAACCUCGUACGAAGCAGAUGGGCCUCUCUUCUGGAUUACGAUGUCUAUCUGCUUGCACAGCAGGGAAAAAUGGGCAGCAGUGAAGCUUCUGCAUUUGCGUAGACUGUUAGUAUUAGCACAGACGCGACACUGUUCACCUUCAAGUGCAUGCAAGACUCUGUUCGACAAGACCGUAAAGGAGUACUCAGUUUAUAAGCCGUAUUUGGUGCUGUUUGGACUCGUUGAUGGAAUAUAUAACAAUUUCUUUAAGAGCUUAAGCUGCCCCGAUGACCAGUGGCCAAGCAAAUUAGCCGAUUAUAUUCGUUUCAACGACGAAGCACUUUUAAAAGAUUCCGAACGCUUACUUAGCACAUACACUGAUGAAUUGUUGCCUUGCACUUCUUUUCCAGAGUUCUGUGAUGUUGCAGGUUUACUUGGUGAUAUUCCCGACCCAGAUUCAUACUUAGAAAAUCUCUUUAAGGACUUUUAAUUUUCCACUACCACAAAGCUUUAGAAUUUAGCAUAUGGAUCGGAAAGAUAUAAUAUUUGGAAUAUAUUAUUACGUUGCUGUUCCUUUGGAAUGUUAGUCACAUAUAAAUUAUUGUACUUUAAAAUGUAAUAAAGUUGUUUAAACCAUUAA